AGAGUUUUCUAUAAAUACUGAGCCCUUGCUCACCAUUAGUAGCGAAAUGAUUGUUUUAAUUACCCUAUUACUGUUCGCCAUACCCAUUCUCUGCAAUAAAGUGGAGUUACGUUCACCUCGUGUUACAACUUUUGGAGAUUGGAAUUCAUGGGCUAGAUGCCGCGAUGGAGAGUUUGCCUACGCUAUUCAGGUGAAGGUGGAGGGAAAACAAGGAUCACGUGGUGAUGAUACUGGUCUUAAUGCUGUUGCCCUCUAUUGUCGUCCAUUAGGAUCCGACGCCAUCAGCAGAAACAAUAAAAUAAUGAGCGGAGAGGCACCGUGGGGUGGCUGGGGAGGUAUAAAAUACUGCCCGAACAACAAAGUGCUCAUUGGAUUCACAUUGCGAUCUGAGCAAAAUCAACGGGAUGGUGAUGAUUGUGCAGCGGACAACUUUGCCGGGUACUGUGGAACACCACAUGGCCCCAGGAACCGAGACUCGAGAAUUCAAGGAGACGGUACUGGAUGGGGAGAUUGGACGGAUGAUCAGUGGUGCCCAGAAGGUUACGCAGUCUGUGGAAUACAAAGUCAAAUUGAAAAAGAACAAGGGCGAGGUGAUGAUACAGCUGUUAACAAUGUGGAUUUGGAAUGUUGUCAAGUUGGAGUAUCAAGUUGUAAUCCUGGUUACUCGCUUGUACGUAUUGGAGAAUAUGACAAUAGAAGAGGCGCUGGAACAGUGACCAAGGAGUUCCAACAAAGAGUUUCUAUCACUAAAACUAGUGGAGUGACGACUACGCUUUCCAAUUCUGAGAAAUAUUCAGUUUCUAAAGCUAUUGAGGCUGGAAUUUCCGCCACACAUGGGAUGUUCACUGCCAAGGUUAAUACUGCACUUACCAAGACCUCGGAACGAAUUACAACUAGCCAACUUCAAAGAAUGAUUCAGGAUGCUACCACUCAUGAAAGAAUUGAGAAAAUUACAUUUACUGUUCCGGCUUGGCACCGUGUUAUUGUCGAACAAUUAAUAAUAACAUGUGGUGGCUAUGAAGUUGGAAUUGCGAAAACUAUUUCAAGAUCUUAGUGAAGAAAAAUUAAUUUAAAAAAAAUAAAUAAAUAAAAUAAAGUAUAAAGUUUUUUGACAAUAAAUCAUGAAUAAAUCUUCAAUAUU